CAGAGAUACAGUUAGUUUCACGAUGACAACCAUGCUUUCACUUCUAUUGUUCUAUAUAUAUCUUUCCCUGCCGACAGCAUACUCUGCGUCUUGUGCAGUGUCCAUAAAAUAUGGUGAAUUUGGAACUCUCCAACCACUGAUCCUAACAGAAGAUAGAGGUCGCUUUCUUUACCCUGAGAAAAAUAAUGGAAGUGUUCUGGAAAUAUCUAGUGGAAAGUCAAUUUAUUUGGCAUGUCCUGGCGACAACAAUUAUAUCAAAAACAUGCCUGGUGUUAAAGAAGCAGAGGCCACUUGUAUCAGCGGUAAAACCUUUAGCGUCAACAUGAAAAUUCGAGAAUUUUCAUCACUCACCUGUCUCAUCAGCUCGAGUGCCACCACCAAGAGCAUGCUGACGACUUGUCUGAACAAAUAUUCCGCCAUGCAAAUCGGUUUUCAGUUGCAACACGGAUUCUUGCAGACUAUAAAACUCUGUCACGAUAAGGAUACCUAUGUGACUCAUUACUCGAUGUACAGUUUAACUAGGAAGCACGGCAAUAGUCAGAUUGGGUAUCCCAGGCCACUUAAAUGGAGGGACGAGAACUACUUCAGCGGACUGGAUAUGGGAAGACUCUACAAUUGGAACGUGCAGAUCAAUGUAAUUGGGAAAAUACUACAAUCCGACGAUAUCGCAAAGGCGAAAAUCAACAAAGAUCAAUUUCUCUCACGAGGACACCUCACUGCCAUGAGUGACUUCGUUUAUGGCAGUCAAAAAACUGCCACCUUCUCCUAUUUAAAUGCGGCACCCCAAUGGGUCAGCUUCAACGGUGGCAACUGGGCGAUACUAGAAAGGGGAGUUCAAGAUUUCGUCAGAAAUCGUUUACUCGACCUGGAAGUUUACACGGGAGUUCAUGGAGAAAUGACAAUGGCUGACAAACAUGGACAACAACAGAAGAUACACUUGGGUGAAUUUAACACCAAGACGCCACUGAUAGUUCCCAAAUACUUUUGGAAAAUCAUCUACGACCCGCAGAAAAAAUUGGGUACCGCGUUCGUGGGUCUGAACGAUCCCUUUAUAUCUCUCAACGACAGCACUGUUUACUUAUGCAAGGACAGAAUAGAGUCGAAAAUAAACUGGCUGAACUGGAAGCCAACUGACAUUAAAAAAGGCGUCUCUUACGCGUGUCCUGUUAACAGCCUUCGCAAGCAAAUCCCAACGAUACCACAGUUCGAUGUCGUCGGCGUAUUAAUAUAAAUAUUCUGAACGGCAUGGUCAAAUUUCUAGAGAAGUAUUUUUAUACCUGCUGAGAUUUAUCGUAGAUCAAAGAUGCAUACAUUUUUGUACAUUUAAGUUUUAACUUAUUUUAAAUAUUGUACUGUUGUAGUAAUCUCCACAAUUGUGAACAUAUAUUUAAAAUUAAAUUUUCCAAUGCUGUAACAUCAUAAGAAUAUAACAAGAAAUGGUCAACACUUUAAAA